GGAAAUUUCCACUAUCUACUGUUAAAUGCUGAGGAUAUCCCUUCCGAAAUAGUAAUUCUUCGUUGCCCUCGUCUAGUUACGUGAUUCACAUUGUAAUAUUAAGGCAUUUACAAUAGAACACAUACAAUACAGUUGAUGAUAAACUACACAAGAUUGACAAACAAUGUGCAGAAAAAGGGAAACUGUGCAAAGACAAAGAAAACUACAAAUAAAUAAAACCACACAGAAAGUAGCAUCUUUAGCACCUGUGUAUACGGGAGGCGGUGUUGGAGAGUGGCUGGAAUUUUUCCCCUAGGCAUAUACCAGCCUGUCACAACAGUGUCUAGGAGAUCUCUGCAGACAUUGAAACGAUACAUCAAAACCUAAAAUAUUGCUGGUUUCUCUCUCUUUACUGGCUUUGUUUUGACUGAAGAUAUGGAUCGCAUGGAACUAGACAGAGUAGGAAAUGAGGCUGAUGAUGAGACCAACAGUGAUGACAGUAUCGAUGAUGGCUAUACCAAAUUACCAGAUCUAGAGAAAGCUACAAUUAGCAGUCAAUUUGUUGAUGAAGAUGAUGCUGAAAGUCAAAGGUUUUUAACGAGUGGAUUUUUAAGGAAAAGAAAAUAUGAAGAAUAUCAGGAAGAAUAUCAUCCUGGGAUGAUAUCAUUUGGUAUGUCAGCAUUUAAUCUCAGCAAUGCUAUUAUGGGCAGUGGCAUCCUCGGCUUAUCCUACGCUAUGGCCAACACUGGAAUCUUACUGUUUGUGAUCCUGUUACUUACAAUGGCAAUAUUGUCCUUGUAUUCAGUCCAUCUCUUACUAAAAACUGCAAAAGAAGGAGGCUCUUUAAUUUACGAGAAAUUAGGAGAGCGAGCAUUUGGGUGGCCUGGGAAAAUUGCAGCUUUCAGCUCUAUUACAUUGCAAAAUAUCGGAGCUAUGUCAAGUUAUUUGUUCAUUGUGAAAUAUGAACUGCCAGAAGUUAUUCGGGCAUUUAUGGGAAUUGAAGAAUUCAGUGGACAAUGGUAUACAAAUGGCAAUUACCUUGUUGUGAUUGUGUCGCUGUGCGUCAUCCUGCCUCUGACGUUUUUAAAAAAUUUAGGUUAUCUUGGAUACACAAGUGGAUUUUCUCUUUCAUGUAUGCUGUUCUUUGUUGGUGUUGUGAUAUACAAGAAAUCUCAGAUUCCCUGCCCAUUGCCUGCAUUUGGUUACUCUUCAGAAAAUCAGACCUCACUAGCAAAUGCUACAGGACAUGUUUUAACAGUGCAUCCAGUUGUUUUCAACAAAUCCACUGAUCAUGACGCAAACCUCGUGAUUGACUUUAUCAACGGACACACAGUGACACAGAGCAAAGGUGAUUCUUCCAUCAUCCACACUAAUGGUUUCAGUUAUGCUGCUCGUGAUGGAGAUGACAUGUGCAAACCCAAGUAUUUUGUAUUCAAUUCACAGACAGCCUACACCAUUCCCAUUUUGGCCUUUGCCUUUGUGUGCCACCCUGAAGUACUCCCAAUCUACAGUGAACUUAAAAACCGAUCACAAAGGAAAAUGCAACAUGUCUCCAAUGUGUCGAUUACUGCAAUGCUUAUCAUGUACCUUUUAGCUGCUACGUUUGGCUACCUGACCUUUUUGGGACAAGUUGAAACAGAAUUGCUUCAUACUUACACUAAAGUUUACCAAUUUGACAUCGUGAUUCUGUCUGUUCGCUUGGCUGUGCUGGUAGCUGUCACACUGACGGUUCCCAUUGUCAUUUUCCCGAUCCGAGCAUCAGUCCAGGAACUAUUAUUUCCAAGGAGGUCUUUCAACUGGAUACGACAUAUUGGAAUUGCAGCAAUCCUUUUGGUUUUAAACAACCUUUUAGUGAUAUUUGUUCCAAACAUUAGAGAUAUUUUUGGCUUCAUCGGAUCAUCUGCAGCUACAAUGCUCAUUUUCAUUCUCCCCUCAGCAUUUUAUAUCAGACUGGUAAAGAAAGAGUCAAUGAGAUCUGUGCAAAAGAUAGGGGCUACUAUUUUUCUCGUAAUUGGCAUUAUUUUUAUGAUUGGAAGCUUGACCCUUAUUGUCAUCGAUUGGAUUCACAAUCCCCCAGGAUCAGGUGGCCAUUAAUUUGCAAAUUGGUGUUGCAUCCUCAGUAUAAGCCUGGAUAUAGAGACAGUGCAAGUGAAUGCCAUUCUUUUCCUUCAGACAGCAAAAUUCCAGAGACUUGAGCGUACCCUCAACGUGAAGGCUAUAUAAAGGCUUGUGUUUGCUCUGCUUAAUUUUAAAUUAAUUUAAUAAAAGGAGGAUUGCCCUUACAAGGGAAUUUUGUAAACUUUGCUUAAAUUAAUUUUAGAUUGCAGAGGGG